AGUUUCCUGGAGACCCUGAAGCCGAUCGCGUGGGGAGCCGGUCUUGCAGCAGCGGAUGUUUCUUUCUGCUCCUUUGCUGUCCACUGUCUGGAUCCUGGUGACAACAAGGACCCAAGCGGAGAGCAGAGCCAGAAGGACUUUCUUGUCUGCAUCAUCCCUGGUGCUAUGGGCAGCAGAGGGCCAUCUUUCCACAGGGAUUAGCUUCUAAAGUCUCUUUCAUCUCUCCUAAGGAAGCCUAGAAGAGGAGGAAGAGGAAAGAAAAGGAAUCAGGAAUGGCUCUUAGAUAUCUCUUCCAAAUGCUUGAUGAAAAAGGUGGAAGGAUUACUUGAGCCAGGGAGUUGAACGCUGCAGUGAGCCCUGUUUUUGCCAGCACACUCCAGCUUGGGAUUGAUUUCUAAAGACUCAUGUUAUGUGAGGAAGCAGCUCAGAAGAGGAAAGGAAAGGAGCCAGGCAUGGCUCUUCCUCAGGGACGCUUGACUUUCAGGGAUGUGGCUAUAGAAUUCUCAUUGGCGGAGUGGAAAUACCUGAACCCUGCGCAAAGGGCUUUGUACAGGGAAGUGAUGUUGGAGAACUACAGGAACCUGGAGGCUGUGGAUAUCUCUUCCAAAUGCAUGAUGAAGGAGGUCUUGUCAACAGGGCAAGGCAAUACAGAAGUGUUCCACACAGGGACAUUGCAAAGACAUGAAAGUCAUCACAUUGGAGAUUUUUGCUUCCAGGAAAUUGAAAAAGAUAUUCAUGACUUUGAGUUUCAGUCACAAAAAGAUGAAAGAAAUGGCCAUGAAGCAGCUAUGACAAAAAUCAAAGAGUCGACUGGUAGUACAGACCGAGAUGAUCAAAGGCAUGCUGCAAACAAGCCUAUUAAAGAUCAGCUUGGGUUAAGCUUUCGUUUGCAUCUGCCUGAACUCCACAUCUUUCAGCAUGAAGAGAAAAUUGCUAAUCAAGUGGAGAAGUCUGUCAACGAUGCUUCCUCAAUUUCAACAUCCCAAAGAAUUUCUUGUAGGCCUGAAACACAUAUUCCUAAUAACUAUGGGAAUAAUUUUUUCCAUUCAUCAUUACUCACACAAAAACAGGAAAUACACAUGAGAGAAAAAUCUUUCCAAUGUAAUGAGACUGGCAAAGCCUUUAAUUGUAGCUCAUUUGUAAUGAAACAUCAGAUAAUCCAUUUAGGAGAAAAACAAUAUAAAUUUGAUACAUGUGGCAAAGUCUUUAAUGAGAAGCAAUACCUUGCACGCCAUCGUAGAUGUCACACUGGUGAGAAACCUUACAAGUGUAAUGAAUGUGGAAAGUCCUUCAGUUACAAGUCAUCCCUGACAUGCCAUCGUAGGUGUCACACUGGUGAGAAACCUUACAAGUGUAAUGAAUGUGGAAAGUCCUUCACUUACAAGUCAUCUCUUACAUGCCAUCGUAGAUGUCACACUGGUGAGAAACCUUACAAGUGUAAUGAAUGUGGAAAGUCCUUCAGUUACAAGUCAUCCCUUAGAUGCCAUCGUAGACUUCAUACUGGAGUAAAACCUUACAAGUGUAAUGAGUGUGGCAAGAUGUUUGGUCAAAAUUCAACCCUUGUAAUUCAUAAGGCAAUUCAUACUGGAGAGAAACCUUACAAGUGUAAUGAAUGUGGCAAGGCUUUUAAUCAACAAUCACACCUUUCACGUCAUCAUAGACUUCAUAGUGGAGAGAAACCUUACAAGUGUAAUGAGUGUGGUAAGGCUUUUAUUCAUCAAUCAAGCCUUGCACGUCAUCAUAGAAUUCAUACUGGAGAGAAAUCUUACAAAUGUGAAGAAUGUGACAAAGUUUUCAUUCAGAAAUCAAACCUUGAGAGACAUAAGAUAAUUCAUACUGGAGAGAAACCUUACAAGUGUAAUGAGUGUCACAAGACCUUCAGUCACAGGUCAUCUCUUCCAUGCCAUCGUAGACUUCAUAGUGGUGAGAAACCUUACCAGUGUAAUGAAUGUGGGAAGACUUUUAAUGUACAGUCACACCUUUCACGUCAUCAUAGACUUCAUACUGGAGAGAAAUCUUACAAAUGUAAGGUUUGUGACAAGGCUUUCAUGUGCCAUUCUUAUCUGGCAAACCAUACUAGAAUUCAUAGCAGAGAGAAACAUUACAAGUGUAAUGACUGUGGUAAGGCUCACAGUACUUGAUUGGUUCAUCAGUCAAGCCUUGUACGUCAUCAUAGACUUCAUACUGGAGAGAAAUCUUACAAAUGUGAAGAAUGUGACAAAGUUUUCAGUCAGAAAUUAACCCUUGAAAGACAUAAGAGAAUUCAUACUGGAGAGAAACCAUACAAAUGUAAGGUUUGUGACAUAGCUUUCACAUGGAAUUCACAGUUGGCAUGACAUAGAAGAAUUCACACUGGACAGAAAAUGUACAGGUGUAAUGAGUGUCACAAGACUUUCACUCACAGGUCAUGCCUUCUAUGCCAUCGUAGACUUCAUAGUGGUGAGAAACCUUACAAGUGUAAUGAGUGUGGGAAGACUAAUCGACAAUCACACCUUUCACGCCAUCACAGAAUUCAUACUGGAGAGAAACCUUACAAAUGUGAAGCAUGUGACAAAGUUUCCAGUCAGAAAUCAGCCCUUGAGUCACAUAAGAGAAAUCAUACUGGAGAGAAACCAUACAAAUGUCAGGUUUGUGACACAGCUUUCACGUGGAAUUCACAGCUGGCAAGACAUACAAGAAUUCACACUGGAGAGAAAACUAACAAGUGUAAUGAGUGUGGCAAGACCUUCAGUCACAAGUCAUCCCUUGUAUGGCAUUGUAGACUUCAUGGUGGAGAGAAAUCUUACAAAUGUAAGGUUUGUGACAAGGCUUUCAUGUGUCAUUCCUAUGUGGCAAAACAUACUAGAAUUCAUAGUGGAAUGAAACCUUUCAAGUGUAAUGAGUGCAGCAAGACCUUCAGUCACAGGUCUUCCCUUGUAUGCCAUCAUAGACUUCAUAGUGGUGAGAAACCUUACAAUGAGAAACCUUACAAGUGUAAUGAGUGUGGCAAUACCUUCCAUCACUGCUCAUCCCUUUUAUACCAUCGUAGACUUCAUACUGGAGAGAAAUCUUACAAAUGUACGGUUUGUGACAAGGCUUUCAUGCAUAAUUCACACCUAGUAAGACAUACCAGAAUUCACACUGCAGAGAAACCUUACAAGUGUAAUGAAUGUGGGAAGACUUUUAAUGAACAAUCACAAGUUAACACUACAAUGAUUGCAAAUCAUUGGAGAAUCCAUAAUGGAGAGAGACCUUCCGAGUGUAAUAAAUGUGGCAAGUUUUUCAGACAUCGUUCAUACAUUGCAGGUCAUCGGCGAACUCACACUGGAGAGAAACCUUACAAAUGUCAUGACUGUGGCAAGGUCUUCAGUCAAGCUUCAUCCUAUGCAAAACAUAGGAGAAUUCAUGCAGGAGAGAAACUCACAAGUGUGAUGAUUGUGGCAAAGCCUUUACUUCACAUUCACACCUCAUUAGACAUCAGAGAAUCCCUACUGGACAGAAAUCUUACAAAUGUCAUAAGUGUGGUAAGGUCUUCAGCCCGAGAUCACUCCUUUCAGAACAUCAGAAAAUUCAUUUUUGAGAUAACUGUUCCCAAUGCAGUCUAGGCUCAGAGCUCUCUCCCAUGCCCUCCCACCGCCGGUCUCAAGCU